CCGGGACGCGUGAUCGUGCCCAAGGACGACCCCGAGGCGUUUCUGGCGGCCAUGGAGAUGCACUUCAACACCCGGAACCGGGACAUCGAGCCCGCGUGCGUCGUCCGCGCCGCCACCAUCGACGAGCUAAGCGCUGCCGUCAAGCACAUCGCCAAGGAGCACGCUCUUCGCGCGGCCAAGCCCGCCACCGACGAGGGCCUGUUUGCGAUCCGCUGCAGCGGGGCGAACCCGACCAUAGGCGUCGCGGGGGUCAAGGACGGCGUGCUGCUGGAUCUGUCGCUGUUCAAGAGCAUCGAGAUCUCCGAGGACAAAAAGUCGGUAGUUGUGGGCGGCGGUUGUUUGUGGAAGGAGAUCUACAAGGUACUGGAUGAGCAAGGGCUGGCUGUUGUGGGUGGACGGUCGUCUCCUGUUGGCAUUGGAGGAUCAACGCUCGGUGGCGGCACCUCUUUCUACUCGGGCCACUACGGCUUCAUGUGCUCCAACGUCAUCUCGUACACGCUCGUCCUGGCCGACGGCACCAUCGCGACCGCCUCGGCCACGGAGAACCCAGACCUCUGGCGCGCGCUCAAGGGCGGGCUCAACAACUUUGGCGUUGUCGCCUCCUUCACCCUGCACUGCUUCCCCGGCGGGCCGGUCUGGGCGGGCUACUCCAUCAUCCCGAGCUUUGGCCCCCUCAACAGGUCGAUGCUCCAGGCGUACUACGACUACGGCAUGCAGGCCUCGACGCCCGCGGGCUUCGACCCCAACGUGUCCACCCCGAUCGUGUCCUUCGUGUACCUGCCCGACGCGGCGGGCCUGUCGGUCUGGUCCAUGCACCUCUCGUACACCCUGAAGGACGGGUCCCCCGGCAGCGAGAUCGGGAGCAAGGUCUGGCCCGAGCACUGGCGCAAGUCGCCCUUCCACGCGCUGCGGUGCCGCCUGGUCAACAACCAGGUCGCCGCGUCGCACCUGCAGGCCGUCGAGGACCUGGGCACCCUGUCAAUCCUCGAGCAGCGCAACAUGUACAACGUGACGGGCUUCCGGCUGGACCUGCCCACGAUGCAGGCCGCGCUCGACAUCUUCCAGCGGCGCAAGAAGGAGCUGAGGGGCGUCAAGCCCGGCGGGACGGCCUUCUGCAUGGUCUUCCAGACGCUGAACCCAUUGUGGUACAACAAGGGGGACAAGAACGUGCUGGGCCUCGAGGCUUGCAAGGAACCCCUGGUCGUCCUGGAGCUCUGCAUCAACUGGAAGGAUGCCAGGCACGACGAGCUGGUCAGGAGCGUAAUGGACAGCACGCUCCAGGAGAUUGAGGAUGCCGCGCGGCGCCUGGGCACCUGGCACCGCUACAAGUUUACCAACUACGCGAAUGCCGGGCAGAAGCCGCUCGAGGGGUACGGCGAGGAGAACCUCAAGUUCCUGAGGGACGUCAGCAGGAAGUAUGACCCUAAGGGCUUGUUCCAGACGGGGUGUCACGGCGGGUUCAAGCUCGGGCGGGAGGACUUGUGAUGGAGGAGGCGGCAAAUUGACCACGGGGAUGUGCAAAUAGAGUGGCCUGAUAGUCCCUCGGGGAUAACAGUCUUCGAUUUGGUUAAGUAUAGUGGACGAGGCAGGAGGCUCGAAUAUCGUAAGCGUAGAUAUGACUUGCGUAUCACGUGUUGUAGACUAGAGUAUAGAGAAGAGUGCGUCGAGAAAGGAGCAUUAUACCAU